AUGGGCGGAUCGUCAACAUCGUUGCGUCAGUCGACAAAUACUAAAAGCGUGGAGAAAGCGGCGCAGGAGGUGAAGGGUCAGCUUGGAUCUAGCGGCCUAGAUGUGCUCAUCAACAACGCCGCCAUACAGCAGCACAGCCCCAACAACAAGAUGGAGGAUUUCAGUCCGGCUGACUUCUCCCGCAUCCACCUCGUAGGGCCGCACCGUGUGAUCACCGCGGUUUUACCGCUUCUUCGAGCCGGCACACAGAAGAAGAUUAUCAACAUCUCCUCCACGAUGGGAUCCAUUGCAUGGGCGGACGCCAUGAACAUCGCUCAAGGAUCCGCGUACAAGGUCUCCAAGGCAGGCUUUCACAUGCUGAACAAGCAGUUCUCCCUGGACCUCGCCGAGGAGGGCUUCACAUGCCUGCUAGUAUCUCCAGGGUGGCUCAAGACAGACCUAGGCACCGAUUACGGAGACUUCACUGUCGACGUGGGUGCUGCUGAGAUGAAGAGAAUCAUCUUAGCGUCCACCCCAGCUCAAAAUGGAAAGUUUCUGAACAUCCACGUGCCCGGACACGAAAAUUCUCCGGGCAGGCACGACGGGAAGGAGAUCGAAUGGUGA